AAACCACAGUAGGCGGUGGUGUUGAACUCUUCUGUCCUGCUAUGUCAUCAACCGGAGAGGAAGGAGGAUGAGGAAGUGGCUGGAGAAGAGGACGGAGAAGAGGACUAGACUUGGAGAUGUAGCUACCAACAGCAGUGCAACAGCAGCUGUCAGGCAGCUAGAUAUUAGUCAUAUUUGACAAUGCGAUGGGUAACUGCUGGGCAUACUGUGUUGGGCUCUUCAGGAGAGAAGCCAACAGGAUCCAGAGAGGAGGCGGAUCCAAAUAUUUCCGAAGCAGUACAACAGGAGAACAUUAUACGAUAGAGUUUGAAAAUCUGGUAGAGAGUGAUGAGGGGGAGGGAGAGAGCCCGCAGCCCUGCCCGAGGCCUAUCAGUGAAGAUGAGAUCAAGAACCUCAGAGAACACUGCUACACUGCGAUCUCAGACAAACAGAUCCUGAUAGACCAGAGGCUACAAGUGGAGUUAGAAGCACAAGAGGAGAAGUUAAGACUAGAAGAGGAGGCUAGAAAUGCCGCCCAGCGUGAAGCCGCCAGGUUGGCACGUGAACGAAAAAUGAAGGAGCAGCUGUCUGCCCAGAGGACAAGGGGGAAAGCAGAUGGCUCUGGCAGUGAAACUCAGCAAAGAAAACAAACCACUGGGGAGGAUUUCAAUAUCUACCUCCAGAAUGUAAAGGCUCAGUCCGAGGCUUUCAGGAGCAACAGACUUCCCUCUGACACAAAUGUGGUGACUCCCAACACAGAGUACAGCUGGGACUUCACCACUAAGACCCGCUCCACCAAUGAUGACGGGACUUCACUGGACCUAGAGUGGGAGGAUGAGGAAGGAAUCAAUCGAGCAUUUCCAGCCUGGGAGAGGUCUCGGACGGAGGAGGACAUCCUGCGCGCAGCCCUGAGGCCCAGCGGCAAGCAGAUGAACAGCGGCCCAACCUCGGCCUCCGAGGACUCCAAUGCCUUGGAGUGGGAGAAUGAUUUUGUGAGUAGUCACCCAGAAGAUAAUGCAAAUACUGAAUUUGAAGGGUUUGUUAAUCCCGUCCUAGACACUCCCUCUGAGGAUGCCUCGGACUGUGGCCUCAGGUUGGACAACCAGGACAGAUAGUGUCCAGCACCAAAGGAGACGUUUGUCAUGCCCUCUUCAUGUCAAAGCUCACCAGCUUUUUGCCUCAUGAAAUGGAAAUGUACUUACUUGUUCUUCAAAUUCUGUAAUAUGAGACUCUGAUGCUGCGGUAAUAUGUUGUGGAUCUCUGCACUACAGAACAUUGUAGUGACGUUUUUAUCAAAUACUAAUUUUUCAGUGCCUUCAUUUGCUAAAUUCGCCAACCAUUUUAUGCAUUGUAACUGACCGAUUACAUCCAUUACCAUUUGACACAUUGUUUAGUAAGUGCACAGUGCCCAGGUGGUCGUACAUAAACCAAUAUGCUGCCAAGUUACUCUGAACUGAAACUUUAUCGUAAAAGCAGAUUGCUGCUUUAGGAGCUGUGUAUUAAAUUCACCGAUGGGAACAUUUCACUGAUUGUGGGGAGGGGAGUGAUACAGAAUCAUUUAAUACGGUACGCUUUUUAAAUUCCAUUGGGGGAAUUUGUUCUCUCCGUUUGACCCUCCCUAACUGUUUAGCAGCAGUAAACAGCUGCAGAGGAAUGCCUGGGGACCAAAUGCAGUCCUGAGGCCAGCGCCUUGCUCAGUGCUAAUGGCAAGAGUAUUGCUACAUGUACAGUCCUUGUUGAAAUUAUUGGCACCCCUGAAUUUGAAGUAUAGAAUUUAGAACCAGUUUUGUAAAAUCAAAAUAUUUUAAUAAAAUGCCCCAAGUUACUGAACAAAAACAACAACAAAAAUGCUUUCAUAUAGUGAAAUAAUAA